AUGUGGUGGUGUGGUAUCGACAACGACAUCGAGGAGAUGGCCAAGACGUGUAUCAGUUGCGGGAAGAAUCAGAAGUCUCCCGCGAAGGUGGUACAGCCAGAGUGGACUCGACCCAGCAGCCCAUGGCACACCAUUUAUCUAGACUUUGCUGGACCUAUUCGAGGUAUCACAUUCCUAGUAAUAGUGGAUGCCUAUAGCAAGUGGAUGGAGGUCCGGCAAGUGGAAAGUCCAAACUCGGCUACCGUGAUAAGAGUGCUCCGCUGCCUCUUUGUGACAUUUGGAAUUCCGCAAAAAGCAGUGUCGGAUAAUGGAACUGCUUUUGUGUCCGAGGAGAUAAAGGAAUUCUACCGGAGAAACGGAGUUAAGUGCGUCACCGCAGCACCUUAUCACCCUGCUACCAGUGGGCAAGCCGAAAGAGUGGUCGGUUAUUUUAAACGGGCACUGUCGAAAGAAACAUCGGGAACGCUGGCUACGCAAGUUUAA